CUCAUCAGUUUCUCUGUAUGUUUGAUGUUUCCAGGUGUCAGAUCGCUGUGUGGUGGCGCUGGUGCCCAAACAGACCUCCUCCUACAACAUACCUCCGUCGGCCAGCAUAUCACGCAGCUCCAUCAGCAGAUACGACUCCUCGUUCCGCUACACCGGGAGCCCCGACAGCCUGCGGUCCCGAGCCCCCAUGAUCACCCCCGACCUGGAGAGCGGGGUGAAGGUGUGGCACCUGGUGAAGAACCACGAGCACGGGGACCAGAAGGAGGGCGACCGCGGGAGCAAGAUGGUCUCUGAGAUCUACCUGACCAGGCUGCUGGCCACCAAGGGUACGCUGCAGAAGUUCGUGGACGACCUGUUCGAGACGCUGUUCAGCACGGUGCACCGUGGCAGCGCCCUGCCGCUCGCCAUCAAGUACAUGUUCGACUUCCUGGACGAGCAGGCCGACAAGCACGGCAUCCACGACACGGACGUCCGGCACACCUGGAAGAGCAACUGCCUCCCCCUGCGGUUCUGGGUGAACGUCAUCAAGAACCCCCAGUUCGUGUUCGACAUCCACAAGAGCAGCAUCACGGACGCCUGCCUCUCGGUGGUGGCCCAGACCUUCAUGGACUCCUGCUCCACCUCCGAGCACCGCCUGGGCAAGGACUCGCCCUCCAACAAGCUGCUCUACGCCAAGGACAUCCCCAACUACAAGAGCUGGGUGGAGAGGUACUACGCGGACAUCAACCGCCUGCCCGCCAUCAGCGACCAGGACAUGAACGCCUACCUGGCGGAGCAGGCCCGGCUGCACUCCAACGAGUUCAACAUGCUCAGCGCCCUCAACGAGAUCUACUCCUACAUCAGCAAGUACAGCGAGGAGAUCACCGCAGCGCUGGAGCAGGACGAGCAGGCCAGGAAACAGAGGCUGGCCUCUAAGGUGGGGCAGCUCAUCGCCGCCAUGUCCAAGGACAGCUGAGAACCACUGAGGCAGUAGGAGGAGGAGACCACGAACCAAUAGAGAAACGAACGAAUGGGAAGGGGCGGGGCCUCCACUUUUAUCGGACCACGGGAUCGGUCCGUCGGCCGUUGCUUGCCUCUGGUUGUCGCGGAGACAGAAACCAAAGGCCGAGCGCCUGGGACCUAUUUAUUCACAGAACAGAAGGACUGCACACAUUGCAACUGUUCUGUUUGGUUUCGUGUUUGAUUGGUUGCCUGUUUUAUCCUCAUGACGGGGGCAACUCCAGCUCCCACAGACUACUGCUUGGGGGACCAAAAGACAGAGAAUUUCAUUGGUCCAGGUGCGAGUGAUGUCAUGAGGGCCGGACCUGGGCUCUGAACACGUCUACACUGGCCGCCACAGAGCUCCUCGUCUUUCGGUUGUUUUCAUUUUCUUGUUGUUGACUUUGGUUUAACAGGAGGAUGUUGAAUAUGUGGUGCGAGGAAAAGGCGGUUUGAAGGGGACGGAAAUCAAAGACUGCGAGAAGGAAAGGAGAGAUCAGACGACGUACUCCGCUUCGACAGUAGCUCAAAUCUUCCUGUGAACCGCAGACAAAAAGAAAUCCGCAAAACAAGUUGCGUGUCACGUUCCUAGGCAGAGAUAUUGCUUCUUCCUGAGUUCUUGUUAUUAUUUUAAAUUUUUAUUUUUCUACACGCACAUUUAAAUCUUAUCGUUUGCAUAAAAAUAAAUCGUCACAGGGUCCCAAAAGACUUGUUUAAAGAUGUUGCUGGUAUGUGGAGGCAUGCCGAGUAACCCCCCCCUUCAUCCUUCAUCCUUCAUGUUGGAACAGAAGAGACGUUUCAAAUGAAACAAAAUAUUAAAGAAUAGGUCUGCUCUUUAUCCACAUGACGCUGUACAGGAAAUCACUGCAUCCAUCGUCAUAGUAUCACUUCCUUUGGAAAGCCUCCUCUUCAGGUCAACGUUCAGCUCGCUUGCUUUUGUGAGCUGAAGAGAAUGAUGAAGAGGAUGAAGUAGAGGAUGAUGAUGGUGACUACGAUGACGAGCCAAAGACAUCCGUCCUUGGCUCUCUACUUAGCAGUCCGACAAUGUGUGUGCGUACGAGUGGCGAGCACGAUGUAUGUAGCCAUCAGUCUGGAACCUCUCAGUUCGUUUUUGAUUUCCUCGGGGCAUUAUCAACGGGCGGGGACCAAAAGGCCUCUGGACGCGAUUGGAUUGACCUUCAACCAAUCAGAGCAAAGCAACGUGUGACGUAGCGCCGAGCGAUAAUAUGGCAAACACAUCUUCUCAACAAAAGCUUUAAGUGCAGUGUAUGUUCUUCAUUUAGAGAAAAUAUUCCAUCCGUUUGUUUAAUAGCGUCGCGACAGCGGAGUGGAACAGGGCCGAUGGAAAGUCCCCCAUCGACCCUUCUCUGUACGGUAUUCGUCUCAAACCCUCUCCGUGUAAGAUAAAGGUUAUGAUUGGCCGAAUCCAGGCCAGGUCAGCUGGAGAUCAGUCUGAACGGGAGCGGGGCCAGACCAGGGCAAAUCAAACAUGGGCUGGCGGAGUCGCCAGGGUCCCAGGCUACCAUGGAUGUGAAUGUAGAAAUGUUUCCCUCAUGUGUAUCCACCCGUCCGUCCCCACUUAGCAAACAACACAAAACUGUGUUACGCCGCAUUCACACUGUACACGUCCGUUGACGGAUAAAAGAGGGCCUGUCUGAUGUAUGGGGGACGCGAUCUGAUUGGCCGACGGAUCCGUCCCUGUCAGACAAGUUGAACAUUUCUCAACAGUUUGACGCAGGCAACGAAGCCGACAGAACGGACGGACAAUGCAUUUCGAGAGCGCCCCUUGCAAAGUCAACGGGAGCCGUCAACAGACGGAUGCAAUGUGAAUGCUGCGUUAGGCUGAGCCGGCAUCUUAUGAGACGUUGCAGUAGCUAGUCGAAUCAACACGUGCAUCCUUGCUUUCCCUGGCCCGCCGCCCUCUACGACAGCACACCACUUAUUAUCCAAGCUCUGCGCUGGUGUCAUAUAGUCCGGCCUGUAACAUUGUGUGUCGUGGGGGGUUGUCUGCGAUGUACACCGAGGAAACGACCGAGCAAAAGGCUGGUGUCCCCAAUGCAACACCACCGCUGCUGGCUGCAGACCCCAACCCUCCGUCGUAUAAUCACUGUUUGUAUUUCUCCAGGGGGAACCUAGUUAAGUACAGGUGUAUUUUUUGCAUGCACAGUAUCACACAUUAAAUGUUGUUGCUUUUCUUUUGAAGAAUCCAUCUUUGGCUUUUGUUUUAAAGUGCCAAUGAGUCAUGCUGUCUCCUUCGUUAUCCCGAGGAGACGCUUGUGUACAGACGUUUCUCCCCAAGCCACUGCAAAAUGUCUUUCGCACAGACAACAAGGACGAGAAAAUACCUUUGUGGGCCUCAUCGGACGAAAGUGCCAAAAUACCCUGUUGCUUUUAAAUUAUUUACUCAUGUGUCAAAAUCGGUUUAUGCUUUACAGAGGGAGCUAAGCCCUCGAACGCCGAGAGAGGGGGAGAGUGUGAAGGUGGGAACUGGCAUAACCGCAACAGAUGAGAUGCACAUUGAGAAACUUCUGAAAGGUACGCGUUCCCCUCAGUGAAAUAUGCGGGACUGCAGAAGUCUGAAGUUCUUUGAUUUGUUUUGUUCUAAUGGUGACGAAGUCUUAAAGAGGACAUCUAAAAAAUAAAAUAAAAAGCUUUGGCAUGUGGUUGACAAUUAAAAAAGCUUACUUUGAAAACCAAACAGCCUCCAGCUGAGAGGUAACCAACUCUCCAACCUCAUAGCUGGACGGCCAUAAACUGUAGACGCCCAUCUAUACUCUGGCGAUGUGAUUUUGACAACGUUAUCAGUUUGCUUGUCUUGCCAAACGAAGUUGCUGGAAGCAGGUCGUAUCCACGGUGCUGACACCACACUCACGUACUGAGAGCAUGUCCAACAACAGCAGAGGGGUGAAAGGUGCUUCUCCAUUUCUCCGUGGCCUUAGAAAUCUCCACCUCCACCGUCACCCAACCUGUGUUUCUUAACCCACUCUCGAACCGUGAACUCUUCCCCCUGCACUCGUCUGUCUGAGCUUAGCGUGGGAGAUGGCGAAGCCCCCGGCCCAACGCCAGCGUUCUGAGCAUGAUAGAUGUCAGAUGAAGAAGGGAAGUCCGUCUGUCCGUUCGUCCUGGCCCACGUAGGACAAUGCCUCGCUCAGCACUCGGCCUGUCUGAGCUGCUUUCAGAGAGGGGAGGCAGAGGGGGAGAAAGGGGGGAGAGGGAGGGAGAGAGAGAGGAGCCCUUUUAGUUCGAGCCUCCUGCUCAUCUCUUUGAAGCUGCUCUUUGAUCCGAGGCGGUUGGUUGUGCGCGAUGUGAUCAGGAGAUAGAGGUGGAGCGGUGAGGGGAAGAGAAGAAGGGGAAAAACAUCAAACUAGCAGCCAACGAAGUAGAAUGUAUUGCUGCGAUUGACGUCUUUGACGGUGUCGAGCCAGUAGAGGGCAGCAGACGAGAGAGCAAGGCAGGAUUGCGAGAGUGAUGCCCCCUGCUUCCAUUCACAGGACCCCCCCCCCCAUCAGAGACACAUAUGCACAUACAAACAUGACUUCUUCCUUUCGACAAAAGUGUCUUCCCAGUUUUAACAAAGACAGCUGUAUCCUCAUACCUCACAUUGCUACGCACCAGUGAUGCUCGUUGUUCAUGAUUAUCCUUUUUAUAGUUUGAACUGGACCUUGAUGCCUUUUGUUUUUCUUCCUCCGGGGUCAGAUGCGUGACUUCUGACCCCUCUGUUACCCACGUUGAUUUGCCCGGUUCUCAGACUCUCAAACAGGAUGAGAUGUGUUUGUGAGUUAUUUUUGUUUUUUUGCGUGGACACCAUUUGUGUUGUUUUCGAUUGCUACCAUAAUAAUGUGUUAUCUUGUUUGCUCUGCUAUUCCAUUCCACCAUCUCAUAUUGUUUCUCUUAAACCACAGCUGAACGCAGUUUACAUUUAGUUAUAUGUUCUUGUGAAUGCAACGUUUUUGCAUACUUAAAAUGUUCAUGCUGUCCGCCUUUAUGAUCUGGGAUUAUAACAUCCAGUGAAGACAAAGGUUUGAAAAAAUAAAAGGUUUAUGUUUACUAUUUCUGCCACGCAGAACUUAUUUUUGCCAGCCAGAGUGUUACGGAUAAAGUUUAUUUUAAAUUUAAUUUUAAUUUUGUUUUUUUUCCUUGAAGUUUGUGCACUUUUCCUGAACUCUGGUGUUAUGUUACACAACACAGAGACACCGUGUCAUGGCCUGGCUCGCGUCUGUCAUUCCUGAAAGAAAAACAAAUACCUUUGUUUGCUAUUUUUUUCUUUUGAUUUAAUGCAUCUGACGGACGAAUUGAAACGCAGAUCAACAUAUUACUCUCAAGUCAAACAGUCACUACGAUAAUCCUUCCAUAUAAACACAUUGUAGACAAAUCCCUUUGUAGACACUGGAGUUCUGUAAAAUAGUAAUUACUGAAAAUAAUGAUGAUGAUGAUGAUGAUGAUAAUAAUAAUAAUAAUAAUAAUGGCUGUCUGUUAUCGUUGUUUUAUAAUAAAAAAAAAAGUGUUGUGAAAAUUGUAAGAAAGUUAAAGUAUUUAAAAAAGGUUGUUAUUGUUUUUUUAUUUUGCUUUGGUUUUGUUAUUCUUAAUAUAUUAUUGUGUACUUAUUGUAAAUAUGAAGCACACCUAUUUUGCAAGCCAAGGAUUAACUUUGUACCGUUGUUAUAUAUAAAUAAACUUUGCUGGUUAAAAAUUGCAUAGAGCCAAAA